AUGAAUUGGCCCUGUCGACGGAACUCCCCUUUCACGCCUUCACCCUAUGAGAUCUUUGGCCUGGAAAAGCACGCAGUCUAUACAAAACACAAAUUCUACGAGUUGGUGAAGAUUUACCAUCCCGACAGGAACAGCCAUGGCUCGCUCAGCAGCGAACUGAGUGACAUCGAAAGAUUGGAGAGAUAUAGAUUGGUUGUGCAGGCGCAUGAGAUUCUUUCCGAUCCUGUCAAGCGAAGGGCAUAUGAUGCAUCCGGCGCAGGAUGGGGGGCAACGAGGACAGCAACCAGACAUUCGCACGGGUAUACUAAUCCUGAAGGGAAGCGAUAUGGCUUCGGCCCGGAUGACGAUUCGUCCAUAUUUCAGAAUGCUACCUGGGAAGAUUGGGAACGAUGGCACCGGCGGUACGAGAAGCCCAAAGACGCUCAAAUCACAUACCUCCACCCCAAUGCAUUCGCAUCCAUUGUCAUCUUCCUAGCAGUCAUCGCAGGAGUCCUUCAGGCCACAAGAGCGGGACAAUUCACCGGAUCAAUUGAAGAGCGAGCACAGGCCUUCACCGAGGAAACUAAUCGAUUUCUCACAUCGAGGAGAGACCACUUCGAAGAAAAUGACAUCAAGGGAACGGGCCGUGUCAAGCACUUUUUGGAGAAGCGCGAUCCCGCGAAGUAUGGGUUGAAGCAAGAAGAAGAGGAGGUCUAUCGGACGCAUUUUGCCAACCCAAUUCUGCAGCCGGUUCCGAACAUGAAGGAUUAA